UUCUGUUCUUAGGCAGAUUAAUAGGCACCUGAACAGACAAAUAGCAGUACUACAUCUUCUUCACACCUUUUUGACAGACUUUUGAGAUUACAAAAUUUUUUUUGAAAAUUAUUAUUGGAAAAAAGAUUACUGAAUGAUCAGGUGGACAGCAGUUUUUCAGGCUGGAACAAACCGUUCCCCAGCAUUCACAUGAACACAUUAGUAAUUUGUACUUAAAUGCUGAUGGGACAUUUUUUAGAAUGUGAUAAGUGUGAAAUAGCCUGUAGUUUUAUCAGUCUUAGUUGCUGCCCACUCCUGCUAAAAAAAGGUUGAUUGUGAUCAUUAAGUUGCAGGUUUCAGUGGCUGCCCAGCUGAUCCGUUCGCUCUGUUGUCUGGGAAUAAAGAAGUGUCACAGAUCAUGGCUCCCUGGCCUGAGGUGGAAAAGCCUGAAACCAAUAACUAUAUUGGGGACUCUUCCAAACAAAACCAGAACAUGGCUGGGAAAGAAGGGGAAAAUCACAAAGGCAAUGUGACUUCACUUGGAAAUAAAGGGGAAAUUCAACCUGCAUUUUCCACAAUAGCCUUGAUAGAUGAGACAAGGCAGGAAGAAGAAGACCCAUGGGCUCUGCCGGAACUACAGGACACGGGGGUCAAGUGGUCAGAACUGGAUAGAAAAGGAAAAAUCAUUCGUGUGCUCUACGGGAUAGGGAAGUUUAUUAUGCUACUUGGAUUACUCUACAUGUUUGUGUGCUCUCUGGAUGUACUGAGCUCUGCUUUUCAACUGGUAGGAGGUAAAGCAGCAGGGGAUAUUUUUAAAGAUGAUUCAGUGCUGUCUAAUCCUGUUGCGGGAUUGGUGAUUGGAGUUCUGGUGACUGUUAUGGUCCAGAGCUCCAGCACUUCUUCGUCCAUUGUGGUCAGCAUGGUGUCCUCCACAUUGCUGACUGUUCAAUCAGCUAUUCCUAUCAUAAUGGGAGCAAACAUUGGCACCUCAGUUACAAACACGAUUGUGGCGCUCAUGCAAGCUGGGGACAGGAAUGAAUUUAGAAGGGCCUUUGCUGGGGCAACAAUCCAUGAUUUCUUUAACUGGCUCGCUGUGUUUGCACUGUUGCCCAUUGAAGUUAUUUCUGGCUAUCUUUACCAUCUCACCAAUGUUAUAGUUGAGUCCUUUCAUCUUGAAAGUGGUGAGGAUGCCCCUGAGCUACUAAAAGUUAUCACAGACCCCUUUACCAAGCUCAUCAUUGAGCUUGAUAAAUCAGUAAUAAAUGCAAUUGCUACAAAUGAUGAAUCAGCAAAAAACAAAAGCCUGGUAAAGAUUUGGUGUGUAACUGAAACCAAUGUGACACUGCAGAAUGUCACAAUUCCACCUUCAGAAAACUGUACAUCUUCUGACCUUUGCUGGACUGAAGGAAACGUGACAUGGACCCUCAAGAAUAUAACUGAAACAGAAUAUAUCAGUAAAUGCCGGCAUCUCUUUGCAGACGCAGACCUGCCUGAUCUUGGUAUCGGUCUCAUCCUCCUGGCUUUGUCCCUGCUUGUUCUGUGCUCCUGUUUGGUGAUGAUCGUUAAGCUAUUAAACUCUGUGCUUAAAGGACAAGUGGCCAGCGUUAUCAAGAAAACAAUCAACACUGAUUUCCCAUUUCCUUUCACUUGGCUAGCUGGAUACCUGGCUAUGCUCGCAGGGGCUGGUAUGACCUUUGUUGUCCAAAGUAGUUCUGUUUUCACAUCUGCUAUUACACCCCUUGUUGGCAUUGGCGUUAUAAGCAUUGAGCGCUCUUAUCCCCUUACCCUAGGAGCUAACAUUGGCACAACCACAACAGCUAUACUUGCAGCUUUAGCAAGUCCAGGGAGUACGUUGAAAUAUUCAUUACAGAUUGCCUUGUGCCACUUUUUCUUCAAUAUCUCUGGGAUUAUUCUGUUUUACCCGCUACCUUAUACCCGGCUGCCAAUCCGCAUGUCCAAGACCCUGGGAAACAUAACAGCCCAGUACAGAUGGUUUGCUAUAUUUUAUCUCCUUCUCUGCUUCUUUCUCUUGCCUUUGUUUGUAUUUGGUCUGUCACUGGCAGGCUGGCCAGUCCUUCUGGGUGUUUGCCUUCCUUUGUUUGCUCUUUUUAUUGCUGUGGUUGUAAUUAAUAUUAUGCAGAAGAGGCGACCACAUUCACUGCCUGAGAAGCUCCAAAACUGGGAUUUCCUACCUGUCUGGAUGCACUCGCUAGAGCCCUGGGACAAUAUAAUUAUGUCUUCACUUGCCUUUUGUGGGAAACACUGCUGCGGCUUCUGCAAGUGCUGCAAAGUCAAUGCAGAACAGGAGGGUGCCAAAGACAAGCAACUAAAAACUAUGGAGGUUUAUGAAAAUACAAUUGCAAUGGCUGAUGAAGAAAGAGGUGGAAGAAGGGCACCAGCUGCAGCUUGUGUUGAAAAAACAGGCACAAACAACACGGCCUUAUAGUAGCAAAUAAACCCAUAUUAGCAGAGAUACAGCAUAGAACAGUCAGGCUCUUGAAAACCACCUUGGACAAUGCACUGAGGACAGAGUGAACGUUUUGUUAGAUUCCUGCAGCCAGUGAUAUAUCACUUAUCAAGGAAUGGAGUCAAACAAGAUUGACAGAGUCCCUAGAAAAUCUAUGAUCAGUUGAAAAGCUAAUGACAGAUUUGCUUACAGAGGAUCUACUAUGAGGUACCUUCAUCCAAUGCUAUCAGUAGCAAACAAAAGAAAUCCUGAUAUAGUCCCAUGAAGAGAGGUAUGAAAGGAGUGGUGAUCAAUUCAAACUUAAUUAAAAAACAAACAAACAAUGCACUUGUAGAACAGCCUUUCUGACCUACUGACUUACUCAGCAGAAGUUAAUUUAUAAUACUUAAAAAGC